GUCCCUCGGACACAGCGGAUCACCGAUCACAGAAAGAGCCGAAGAUGUUGGUUUGGUCAUGUGAUCAGCUGUGUCCAAUCACAGCUAAUCACUGAUUAUCAGGGCACUGAUGAUCAGUGUGCCCUGAUGAUCAGUGUAGCCCCAGCAGUGCCACCUGUCAGUGUCCAUCAGUGCCUUGUGCCAGUGCCCAUCAGUGCCACAUCAAUGCCAGAUAUCAGUGGCUACCAGUGCACAUCAAUGCCACAUAUCAGUGCCCAUCUGAGCUGCCUUUCAGUGUCACCCAUCAGUGCCAGUCAGUGCCACCAGUGCCGUAUCAGUGCUGCCUAUCAGUGCCAGUCAGUGCCCUAUCAGUGCUGACUUUCAGUG